AUGCUACCGAAUUGCAUCGUCUGCAUCCGAAACGGCCAACCCUGCUGCUAUCCGAAUGUUCAGCAGAAGCCAGGCCCGAAACUUGGCUCGCAUUCAGCAAAACAUCGAAAGCGGUCUUCCUGGCGUUCCAAUCCUGACUCCAUAAGCCACAACGAAGACAUCAUCCAGGCCCCUGCCCAUGCCGCCACAAGGAACCAACGACUCCAGCACUCGCCACCAGCGUCCUUUCGAAAUGCUGGAAGUCCCACUGGAUCUGCGGCCUCGAGUCCAGAUUCCACGACAGCACAGUCGUGGGUCUUUCAUCAUUUCCACGAGGACCAGUCAUACACGAUUUCGCCCUUUACACCACCAGAAACCGCGGUAUCCAAAGACUCUCUAGGCUACAGAGCACCCCUUCAGAAUAACAUGGCGCCCAUCUAUCAAGCGCUUGGACUGUCGCGGCAGAUGCUGUCUACAUUCAUUGACACCUACUUCGAGAACAUGACAUUUCUGUCUCUAUUCCACAGGCCAACGUUUGACACUACAGUCUACAGUACCGUCGAACUUGGCAUUGCAUCUGCCCUUGUUGCGGCCAUGUGCGCCUUCGCCGCUCACUACAUGGAGCCAGCACAAUCGGGAGAGCGUGACGGACUUCAUGCCGAAAGAUCGGACUCAAUGUUCGCUCCUGGUCGCUUCUAUAGACUUGCUCGUGCGACCAUCCACGAUCAACUUGAUCUAUGUGGUGAUAGCAGGCCUCCCUUGGCUCUCCUCCAGGCGUAUGUCCUGAUUACAUUUUAUGAGAUGACGAUAUCCGCACGCGGGCGGGCUUGGAGGUCCUUAGGUGCGUGCGUCCGCAUUGCGCAUGAAUUGGAGCUACACUUGACCGAUGCAAUGCUGCAAGGCAGGUCAGUAAAAGAACAAAGCUCGUUGGCACAGACAGGUUCCUGGCUUCGAAGCGAGGAACAGCGACGAGUUUGGUGGGCAUUAUACGAGCUUGACAUCUUCGCCUCUACUGUACGUCGACGCCCUGCCUCCAUCCACGCCGGCGAACACGCUGUGCUUCUGCCAGUAAGCGACGCAAGCUGGUUCGAACGCAACCAUCAGGCAAGCUGCUUCCUGGAUCCUGAUCCCCUUCAUCGUACGCGGAAGCUCCUGGAAAGUGGGAAUACUAGUGGAAAGGCUUGGUAUCUUGUCGUGAACUCAUUGGUCCAUGACGCACAUACGACCACGAAUCCCACCGCGCAUUGCGACCGCAUGGCCUCGAGGCAAGAUAUGGGAACGUCCUGUCACUCCGAAUCAGUAGACGAGCGGAAGCUGGCAGUCUUGGAUGACUUCCUUCUCUAUUUCAAGACAGUACUACCCAAGGAUCUAGCGUACGAAGGCGACUAUUUGGCAUUUUCCACCUCCUCCGUAUUCGGCGGGCCAUCCGCAAGCCAAGAUUGCGACAUCCAACUCAUUCAUGCCAUGCUUCACUUGGGGAAAUUGAUGGUGUUCCAUCAUUUCUGCAGCCAGAAAAAUGCUCCACUACCUCCCGGAGGCGAAGGCCUCGCUGAUUGCCUCACUCUGAAACAGCCAUCGGUAUCUGACAAGCUUCGAGCAAUCCUCGGCUUCACAAAUGAUCAGAUGGCUUGGGACAGAUACCUGGUAGCUGCAGAAGAGAUCAUGCGUGUUGUCCGAAACGCAUCUCCGAAUCAUAUCCGAUACGGUCAUCCGCUCCUGGCGAGCACGUUCUGGAUCGUCGCGGCAACCCAGAUCUUUAAGAAAACAUUCGCGACAGACGACGCGGCCCAAGAACUGGCACAAUCCAACUUUGACCUCCUCAGGCUUACUCUUGAUCACAGUCACCGAUUCUGGCACACUUCGGAUCUAAUGGUCAAGAACAUCGACACCCUUGACACACGCCUUGCUGAGCUGAAGGCCAGGUUGACUGGAGCGGAGCAAAGCAGCCAUGGCCUGCCAAUAUCUUCUGCAGAGAAGGCCACCUCUCAGAGCAAAAGGCCUCACUUCACCGCUUCAGACCAAAGCGAUACUAUGGCCAGCGGCUCUCCUGACAACGUGCUGCCAAAUGUAUCUGACCGCAGUGGCACAGGUCAUUAUGAGCUGAACUCAGGAGCUCCAGCAGACAUUGACAAACCUAACGACAGUGAGCUGCACGCUUUUAUGUACGAUUUUUGUGGCGAUAACUGGGACGUAUGGGGGCAAGAGCUGGCAGACUUCUUUCCGUCAACAGUGGCCUCGACUUGA